AUGCCACCAAAGACAGGAAAAGGCCACAAGAUCAUCUCAGAACCGCGAUCGCGACCCAGCGCCGGCGAUGGAGAAGCAGGUCCAUCAUCAAAACCGCAACAAACCGCGUCGCCAGCAAACAAAAGGAGGCCAAAGGCAUCCGGAGAAGAAAGAGAAGGCAAGCGGCCAUCGGGAGUAAUAAAGACGACAAAGGCAGCAAAGACAUCAGACGUCCAACCCGGCGACCCAACCCCCCAAGGCCGUCCACGCCGCUACAGACCUGGAACUGUCGCUCUGAAAGAAAUCCGCAAAUACCAACGCUCCUACGAUCUCCUCAUCCAAAAGCUUCCCUUCGCACGCCUCGUCCGUGAAGUCGCCCUUGAAAUGCUCCCCUCAGACGUAGGCGCAGAGCUCCGGUGGCAGUCGCAUGCGAUCCAAGCGCUACAAGAAGCCGCAGAGGCGUUCCUCGUGCAUUUAUUCGAAGAUACUAAUUUGUGCGCACUGCAUGCUAAGCGCGUGACUAUUAUGCAGAAGGAUAUUCAGCUUGCACGAAGGAUUCGUGGUGCUUGGGGUGGGUUGGGGUGA